CUAAAAUGGUGCAUGCUAUCAAAAUGGGUUGGAUCAAACCACGUCCUCCUCAGGAUGAUUCCCAGAAGUUUUACAUGUUGUGGGAUAAAGAUGACCAGGCAUUGAUAUCGAAGAGGAUUCAACAUCAUAUCCCUGCACCGAAGAUGAAACUUCCUGGACAUGAGGAGUCAUAUAAUCCACCACCUGAAUAUCUGUUCACCAAAGAAGAAGUAAGUAAAACAUAUACAGAGAUACAAGCUGCAUUACGGUGUGUCAUUUUGUACUCAUGAUAAUGAUGUAAGACAUGUUCUUUAGAAUAAUAUAUAUUUAUUUUUAAUGUGUUGUUUUAA